AAGACUUGAUGUUAAUGUGGUAUAAUACUAGUGUUAUUAGGUACAUAGUAGCUCUCUUAGCCUGGUGGUUGUUAUAUUGUAGUACCUGCGAGAUGUUCAAGGCUAGCUUGUCUAAGAUAGUACCACCCGCGCCACCAACGCGCUUCUAAGACUGUUCCAUGGAUGUCGAUAGGCUGGAUUCGAGGUUACGUGUAUAAGAGAAGCCUACCGGUGUUAGGGGUGAACCAAUUACCAAUCUACCCCUCUCAUGACUCAUUAACGUAAUGAUGUUGGGAGGUUGGUGUACCUUAUACAUAUAACAUCUUGUUUACUAUUUUGCUGUAGCUCAAGUCCACUGUGACUAUCGCGGCCUCUGUCAAAAUGACUCUCAUAGUUCAUCAUCUCGGCGUUUCGCAAUCGGAUAGAGUCGUCUGGCUCUGCGAAGAGCUUGGCAUUGACUACGAACUUAAGAAGUACGAUCGAUCACCUAUUUGGGCCCCACCGGAGUACAAGGCCCUGCACCCCCUCGGGUCGGCUCCCGUGAUCGAAGACGGGAGCAUCAAACUAGCCGAGUCUGGCGCUUGUAUUGAGUACAUAUUGCAGACUCGGGGAGAUGGGAAACUAGUUGCUACGCCGGGACAAAAAGACUUCGCUGAGUAUUUAUACUGGUUUCAUUUCGCGAAUGGCACCUUACAGCCUGCGCUAUUAUUGGCUUUGUCACUAUCCCGCACAGGGCUAGGGGAGGAUAACGAGGCCGUAAAACGAAGCGACGCUAGGCGGAAGCAGGUUCUUGGGUUUAUGGAUCAGCGUCUAUCCGAGGUACCCUGGCUCGCGGGCGAGGAGUUCACUGCGGCUGAUAUCAUGAAUGUGACUAGCCUUACGACGAUGCGUUGCUUCAUAAAGUACGAUCUUAGUGACUAUCCAAACAUCCUAGCCUACCUUAAGCGCGUAGCUGCACGAGACGGGUAUAGGUAUGCAAUGCAGAAGGGAGAUCCGGAUCUCAACAUCGACGAAUUGACUGCAGCGCCUCCCCCGCCUCUACAGAAGGCUGUUGCCGCAGUGUUUCAAGCGCAUGGGCGCUGAGCUGAACAAGAAAGCCUAGGUACCUAGAUAAGAGAGCCUACCUAAGACAAGUGUUGGCUUCUUAAGACAUCUCCUCUCCUGUGAUGGCAAAAGUCGAGUCGAGUCGAGCCACGAGACGUGUGGUAGUCAAUAACCUCCCCUUUAUAUAUAGAUUCUUGUUGAGCUAGCUUGUUUACAUGAGAAGUUAUAAAUUCAAAAUAGGUAAAUACCUACCUAGCCUACCUAACUCUUAGAUACCGAGUGUAAAGUCCCCUCGGAGCGUAGGGGACCUACUAUCUUCCGAAGCGAGAAAUUGCCAUAAAAAGCAGCAGUUAUUAUUACUGAUGUUUUAUGGAAAGAAAAACAAAUUGUAUUUGUGGGGUAGAAAACGAGAAAACGUACCAAAUUUGUAUUUUAAGAGAUAAACUGGAGUUGACUGCUUAAAUGAAUCAUUAUCUAUCGUCUUGUAUAUCUUGUCUUUUUAAUCAAGACGAUAGACAAACAAGAGCUUGAAUAUUUUAGAGCAUAAGGGAUGGAUAUAAAAGAUGGGUUUAAGACAUCGGUCCCGAAUGAC